CACCACUUCCAUUUGCAUCGCGUGAAAAUGAUGCCCUCCCUCCCCCUCUCUCUUAAACGAAAAAAAUAUCUGAAAACCUAAAAUCAAACCCAAAAUUGCCACUAUUUUCCAAUCGAAAUGACCGAUCAGUCGUCUCGUCUGAGCAUCACCAAUCUCCGGACAGCUUCACAGCUAAUCAAACAGACAGCCACAAUCUUCUCAUCCAAUCUCUUCACCUUAAUUUUCUUGUCUUUAUUGCUCUUCUCUUUCCGUACAUUCAUCGAAAAUGGGACCCACGUCCUCACUUCUUUCAUCGACCGCGACCCUUCUCUCAAAUCCCUCCUUUCCCGUCUCGACCUUGCCGGCCAACCCCACCCCUCCCACCCCCACCACCGCAUUCACACUCGCCUCCCUCGCCGUCGCCGCCCAUUCCUACACCUCACCCGUGUUGGUACCCUAGAUGAUGAUUUCUUUUCUGCUGAUGACGAAGCUGAUUCCUCCCUCUUCCCAAAGUUCCCUCCCAAUGGCAGUUUCGUGAUUCUCCACAAUUUCGACCCCAAAUUUGGUUUCUCCGAUCUCGUCAUCGAUAAUGGGAUUAAAGUCCCCGAAAUUGUCAGGUCCGGCAUUCAGUUCAAGGCUGCGGAAGAAAAUCAUUCAUUUCUUGAUAGUACAAACAAUAAUAACGAGAUUGAAAGCAGCAGCGAGGAUUUUAAUAAUAAUGAGAGUGGAAAAGAAGGGGAGGAUACGAUUUUAGAUUUGCAAUUUUUAGUGAAGGGAUUGGAAUUGGGGAGACGCGACACAGCUGCCUUGUUUCUUCUUGUAAGUUUUCUAUCUGCUGCUUAUGGUUGGGUUAUUUUGGGAUUUACAGCAAUAUAUUCGUGGAUUUUGGGGGUUGUUUUUAUUGUUGUUGUUAAUGAUUUGUUAGGAAGGUAUGGUUCCUUUAUUGGUGUCGUUUGGAAUGGGUCUAGAUUAGGGAGUAAGAGAUUAGCUGGGUUUAUUUUGAUGAGGUGGGCUGUGAGGGAUGCUUUGACUCAGUUGGUGGGUUUGUGGUUUUUUGGUGAAAUUGAAGAUCAGUAUUCGUUUUUUAAGCUUUUCGUGAGGUUGAAAUUGAUGCCCUUUUCUGUUAUGUUUCCUUGGAUUAAUGGGUUUGACAAGGAGAUUUCGGGGUUUUUUGUUACUUGGAUGUUGGUGGAUGUGGUUGUGGGGUUUAUAUUUGCUGUGGAUGCUUGGGUUACUGUUGUGGAUACAAGGAGGACUGGGAGAGAGAUUUUGAAAGAAGGUUGUUAUUUGAUAUCCACUAUGUUUCAUCAGGCAGUACAGCUUAAAUGUUAUGAAGAAAUACUUUGUGGGUCAGCUGCAAGGUGGGUUUUUGCUCGGGUUUUUGGGAAGUUUUUCGCCAUUCUUUUGCAGUCAGCUUUUGAGGUUUACUUUAUGGUGGCUUGGCUGAUUUUUUACUUUGUGGCGAGGUGUAAAGAAGCUGAUUCUGAUGGAAGGAGGUUUGGGAGGAGAGAAUUGGAGGUGUUGAUUGAUGGCCUAAGAUGAUAAGCAGUGGUGAUGAAACUGCUGCUCUUCCACUUGCAGGCUGCUUCAACUACAAUGCUGAAAUAGCGGGUCUGGUAAUCUGUCAGUGUGUGCCUGUUUCUUGAAUUCUUAGUGAGUCAGCACUGCCACUGGUUGCUGUAGCCAUCAACAAUGUUGUAUGUAUUUUUAUCAUGAGGCAAUAUACUGCUUGUGUAUAAAUCCACGAAUGCGUCAUGUGUAUAUUUGUUGCAACCAUUUUUCUAAAUGCCUAUCAAUUCUGUUGCUGCUGUUGAUCAUGAAAUGAAUGAAGGUAUUUAUUUACAUCA